GUUGUUUCCGUUGGGUGCAACAGAAAAGGUGAAACUCCAGUUCUUUAUUUCUUAUCACUUUCCUCAGAUCUCUCUCUUUCUUACUCAUCUUCCUUUCUUCUCCCCAAAACCAUUUUCAUUCUUCAACUCUGUCACCAAAACAACCCAACCCAACCUUAAUUCCCACAAAAACGGAACCCAUUCAUUUCCGAAUCUGCUUCAACUCUUCAAGUUCACUCCUUUGACUUUGGGAUCAUAUCACAAUGGGUCUCUGCACUUCAAAGCCUCAUGCAAAUCCCACACUCUCCUCUUCUCCCAAUUCCAACCCCCACUUCACAGACACCAAUGCCGACGAACAAUUACCCAAAAAUCCUAUUCCUACUCCAAAAAAAUCUCCCCUUUUCCCGUUCUACACUCCGAGCCCGGCCCACCACUUUUUCUCCGGCAAGUCUCCGGCGCCGGCGACUCCCCGGCGGUUCUUCAAGCCUCCGUCGCCAGCGAAGCACAUUCGGGCCGUGCUGGCCCGCCGUCAUGGGUCUGUUAAGCCCAACGAAGCUAGCAUCCCGGAAGAUGAAGUGGUUGCUCUUGACAAGAACUUCGGAUUCUCGAAACAGUUUGAGCAAAAGUUUGAGGUUGGGGACGAGGUUGGACGAGGACACUUUGGUUAUACUUGUGCUGCCAAGUUCCUUAAGGGCCAACUCAAAGGCCAACACGUCGCCGUCAAGGUCAUCCCUAAAGCCAAGAUGACAACUGCAAUUGCAAUUGAGGAUGUGAGGAGGGAGGUGAAGAUAUUGAGGGCUUUGACAGGACAUAAAAAUCUGAUUCAGUUCCACGAUGCGUAUGAGGAUAAUGACAAUGUCUACAUAGUAAUGGAGUUGUGCGAAGGAGGGGAGCUUUUGGACAGAAUAUUGUCGAGAGGAGGAAAAUACACUGAGGAAGAUGCUAAAGCUGUCAUGAUACAAAUACUAAAUGUUGUUGCGUUUUGCCAUCUACAGGGUGUUGUGCAUCGUGAUCUCAAACCAGAGAAUUUCCUAUUCACAUCAAAAGAAGAGAACUCUGAGCUGAAGGCCAUUGACUUUGGAUUGUCUGAUUUUGUCAAACCAGGUAUUUUCGGAGUCCUUUUAUGCAUUCUGCCUGUUUUUCAGUCCACUACUGUUUGGGUUAAAAUUAUAGUUUUUCAUCGCCUUACAGAUGAAAGGCUUAAUGACAUUGUUGGUAGUGCAUACUACGUGGCUCCUGAAGUUUUGCAUAGAGCUUACAGUACAGAGGCUGAUGUCUGGAGUGUUGGUGUGAUUGCUUAUAUUUUACUAUGUGGCAGUCGUCCAUUUUGGGCACGGACUGAAUCUGGGAUAUUCCGUGCCGUAUUGAGAGCUACUCCAAGUUUUGAUGAACCUCCAUGGCCUUCUCUAUCAGAUGAGGCAAAGGAUUUUGUUAAGAGACUUCUAAAUAAAGAUCCAAGGAAAAGAAUGACUGCAGCGCAGGCAUUGAGUCAUCCAUGGAUUAAAAAUUAUAAGGACGUAAAAGUGCCUUUGGAUAUUCUAGUGUUCAAGCUCAUGAAGACAUACAUGCGUUCCUCCUCUCUACGAAAAGCAGCUUUAAGAGCUUUGUCUAAGACAUUGGCUACCGAAGAGCUGCAGCAUUUGAAGGAGCAGUUUGCACUUUUAGAGCCAAACAAAACUAACACUAUUAGCUUGGAAAAUAUCAAAGCGGCCUUAAUGAAAAAUGCAACAGAUGCCAUGAAGGAAUCACGCAUUCCAGAUUUCCUGGCAUCACUUAAUGCAUUGCAAUAUAGAAGGAUGGCUUUUGAUGAGUUCUGCGCAGCUGCACUUAGUGUUCAUCAGCUUGAAGCACUUGACCGGUGGGAGCAACAUGCACGCUGUGCCUAUGAACUUUUUGAAAAGGAUGGAAACAGAGCUAUAGUCAUUGAGGAACUGGCUUCGGAGCUUGGGCUUGGUCCAUCUGUCCCUGUUCAUGCUGUUCUUCACGACUGGAUUAGGCACACUGAUGGAAAGUUGAGCUUCCUUGGAUUUGUUAAGUUAUUGCACGGUCCAUCUCGAAGUCUUGCAAAACCUCACUAGCAUGUUUAGUGCGAUGGAAAGAUCAAAACGUUAUACUCAUGAUAAUCAACCUGACCAAUCAAACUGGUCCACACAUCACAGUAAAGGAUAUCUUCCACUGUUGAAUUAUACUCAACAUAAAUCAUCUGGGAUUCUGUCCCUCGUUUUAUACUGGAGCCCCUCUACACUUGAAGCCGGAGUAAAACUUGCUUCUACAGGCAUUAAAUUAUGUUUUCCACUGUAAAGUUGUAUUAUGUUUAAGGUGGAGAGGUUUUAAUGUUUUGUGGUUGUUGUAGAUCAUCUUACUCUUGAUAUUCUAACAUGUUUUGAGAUUCACAA